AUGGACGACGAAACAGCGGAAAUUGAGCUGCUCCAGCAAAAUCUGAACAAAACCAAGCAGAUCUCGAAACGCAUGACCACCAUUCUUGAUAGCUUCGAUACCCGGAUAGCAAAGCUCGAAAAGUCCAUCUUACCGUUAUACACGGCAGCGCAAAUUUUGAACCGACGGAGAAGCAACAUUGACGAAACUCUGGCGAAGAUUAAUGAUGUGGCUAGUAACCAUGAGGACUUGGCAGCGGAAGAGGCAUUGAUUUUACGUGGCCCUCAACCGGGGCAAAUCGGGGUUUACAAGGAUACUUUGGAACGUUUGAAUGCGAAUAUUGCCUUCAAGGCCUCAGAUGGUGACCUGGAUAGGACGGCGCGACUUAUCGAAACCGGAGCGAAGAAACUGACACAGUUAUACACAAAAGUCGUCGCAGAAGGUUCAUCGGGAGUAACGCCUGUUCCCGGUGCAGAUAUGAUGACCUCUUUCCCAUCAUCCCUUCUUCCUACGUUAUCGCCUGUCGUCACCUUCUUGCGCACACUCCCGGUACCAUCCACUCAUCCAACUCAUCCGGCCGCUCAAGUUAUCUUGACGACUUUGAAAGAGGCGCAACGAGGCUACGCCGACAUGCGAGGGAACUGGAGCGUAAAGUGCCUGGAAGGGCAGGGAAAGCGGCUUGUAGCUCGUGCGGAAAGCGUGGAUCCACUUGUGACAGGAAGGGAGUUUGGGGAGUGGGUCGAGUUAAUUCUGGGAACCGCGGAUGAGGAAUACAAGCUCCUUCAAGAACUAAGUCCACUAUCGAGCACCGCGCUCGUGGCGUCAGCGUUUGGAACGCUGCUGACUCCCAUCCUCAAACUCUUCAACUCAAUAUUGGCGGCCCUUGUAACUCUCGUGAAAAAGUCACUGCACAGGUACACCUUCCUUGCCCUAUCCGCAUUUGAGGGCCUGCUUUCGCUGCAAAAUCACUGGGACGACCUUCUAUCUCGUCGUGAUACUGCGACGGACAAGAACGAACUCAAGGACGCUAUACAAACCCUCCGCGCCUUGUGCCUUCGCAGUUUCCCCGAGUUCCUUGCGGAUAUAAAGUUGGGCGCGACGAGCAGGGGCUCAGACACCAGCACCAAACUUACGGGUUUCACUCUGUCGACUGUUAGAUACAUAGCCAAAGUGCCUGAAGUUCGAAGUGCCGUUUCCUCGGCACUACUCGCGCUCGGGGACGGGAACUGGAAGAUGGGCGAAGGCAUUCAAGUGGGCCAAGCUCGCGAGGGCGACGAAUCCGCCAUUCUCGAACACUUCAUUGGCGACGUCAUCAUAACCAGCCUUACCAGUCUAACUGCCAUUUCGCGAACCUCCCGCCGCCCAGCCUUCGGCUCCAUCUUCCUGCUCAACAACGUCUCCUAUUUGCGCGAACACCUCCUCAUCCAACCCACCAACCCCUCCAUCUCCAACCUCCUCCCUCAAUCCGCCGUAGACGCCCUCAACUCCAACUUUCGGACAGCCAAAGCCGGAUACUUCGACUCGAACUUUUCACCCCUCAUGCAGGCACUGGCGGACGACCCCAGGGAUAAGAGCAGCAAAGGCGCGGCGAAGGAGAAGUUUACCCGGUUUUUCGACCUCCUGGAUGAGGUUGUGGAGAGGCAUCGGCUGGCGAAGGUUUUGGAGGACGAACCUGCGGGUAGGGAAACACUUGGGGAGGAGGUUAUUAGACUUGUUGUUCCGGCGUUGCAGCGUUUCACGCAGAGGCAGAAGGACAAGGAUUUUAGUAAGAACCCACAGAAAUAUAUCAAGAGAUCAGCAGAAGAAGUUGAACAACAGCUUUACGCCCUGUUCCACUGA